AUGGUUGGAACCCACCCUGGGUUCCCACCAUGUUGCCGGGCACCUGCCAGACAUGGAUCUGCCACAAACUGCGACUCGAGAACCCCCAUUCUUAAGUCCCCGCACACAACCCAAGUCCCCACGCACAACCCAAGACUCCGCGCACAACCCAAGUCUCCGCGCACAACCCAAGUCUCCGCGCACAACCCAAGUCCCCGCGCACAACCCAAGUCCCCGCGCACAACCCAAGUCCCCGCGCACAACCCAAGUCCCAGCACACAACCCAAGUCCCAGCACACAACCCAAGUCCCUGUCCCCGCACAACCCAAGUCCCCGCACAACCCAAGUCCCCGCUCAACCCAAGUCCCCGCUCAACCCAAGUCCCCGCUCAACCCAAGUCCCCGCUCCACCCAAGUCCCCGCUCAACCCAAGUCCCCGCUCAACCCAAGUCCCCGCUCAGCCCAAGUAACCCGCUCAACGCAAGGCCCCGCUAAACCCAAGUCCCAAUACCAGGCCUCCAAAUCCAGGCCAAAAUCCAAUACAAAUCUCCAAAACCAAACCAAGUCCCGAGACCAGGUCUCCAAAACCAAACCAAGUCCCGAGACCAGGUCUCCAAAACCAAACCAAGUCCCGAGACCAGGUCUCCAAAACCAAGUCCCGAGACCAGGUCUCCAAAACCAAGUCCCGAGACCAGGUCUCCAAAACCAAGUCCCGAACCAAGUCCCGAGACCAGGUCUCCAAAACCAAACCAAGUCCCGAGACCAGGUCUCCAAAACCAAGUCCCGAGACCAGGUCUCCAAAACCAAGUCCCGAGACCAGGUCUCCAAAACCAAGUCCCGAGACCAGGUCUCCAAAACCAACCAGGUCUCGGGACUUGGUUGUAGCUCGAGUAGCUGA